UUCCGCUGCGCACCACUGCUGUGUUUUCCUUUGACUGUCCGAUUGUGGGGCGCUUUUCGGCGGGUUCCGUUAAAAUGGCGCUGUUGUUGCCAGGAGCUGAAACCCAGCAGAUGAAAAGCGACAGCGGUUAAAAACACACCGCGGACCGUUUCUGCUCGCACGGAGGGUAAUAUAUACGUGCACAAUGGCGGCGCUUGAUCAGAAAUCACCCAACGUGCUUCUGCAGAAUCUGUGCUGUAAGAUCACGGGCAAGAGUGAAGCUGAUGUAGCCCAUCAGUUCCAGUAUGCAGUGCGGGUCAUCGGAAGUAAUUACGCACCCACAAUUGAACGGGAUGAGUUUCUGGUGUCUGAGAAAAUUAAAAAAGAAUUAUUAAAACAACGACGGGAAGCAGAUGCUGCCCUUUUUUCUGAGUUGCACAGAAAGCUUCAGACCCAGGGUGUAUUGAAACAUAGAUGGUCCAUCUUAUACCUCCUGCUCAGCCUCUGUGAGGACCCAAGGAAGCCGUCUAACCGUGUUCCUGUGUGUAGUUAUGGAGCUCUGCUUGCCCAGGCGUUGCCCCGUGAUGUCCACUCCACCCCGUUCUACUACGCCCGUCCCCAGAGCCUCCCACUCAGCUACCCAGAGCGCUCUGCGACUGCCCAUAACUCCAGCAUUGCUACCAGUGGCAUCAGCAGUAUGGGAGUAUUCUCAAUCAAUGGGCCUGGACCGACCCCUCCAUCUCUGCUCACUGGACCUGGACCCCAGGCCGUUGGUGAGUCUAUGAGAGGGUCUCGUCUAGCCUGGACUCUCCCGAUCUCCAGUUCCCCCUCUGGGGCAACUGCUGCCCCUCGUCCCACCUGUGGACCCUCUUCCAGUCCGGCAUCCAAACUCCCACAGAGACAGAGACGAGAUGGAGAUGGCAGUGUGACAGGUGCCUGGGAGUUUUAUGCAGUGCCACUGUGUAAGUCUCUGAGAGACACUAGCAGCAGGCUGGCAGAGCUCGGCUGGCUCCACAAUAAGAUUCGAAAAUAUACAGAUUCCCACAGCCUGGAUCGAGCCUUUGGCCUAGUCGGACAGAGUUUUUGUGCUGCAUUGCAUCAAGAGCUGAAGGAAUACUACAGAUUGUUGUCUGUACUUCAUGCACAGCUCCAGGUGGAAGAUGAUCAGGGUGUAAACAUGAGUGUGGACAGCAGUCUGACUCUGAGGAGACUGCUGGUGUGGACCUACGACCCCAAGGUUCGGCUAAAAACACUGGCCGCACUGGUGGACUACUGCCAAGGGCGUAAAGGAGGAGAGUUGGCCUCAGCAGUACAUGCAUAUGGAAAGACGGGUGACCCCCACAUGAGAGCGUUGAUCCAGCACAUCCUUGGUCUGGUGUCCCACCCCAUUCUUAAUUUCCUGUAUCGCUGGAUCUACGACGGGGAGCUGGAGGAUACGUACCAUGAGUUCUUUGUAGCCUCAGACCCAACAGUGAAGACGGACAGACUGUGGCAUGACAAGUACUCUCUGAGGAAGAGUAUGAUCCCCUCCUUCAUCACCAUGGAUCAAGCUAGGAAGGUGCUACUCAUUGGCAAAUCCAUCAACUUCCUGCAUCAGGUAUGCCACGACAGGACGCCGCCGGGAAAGAUCAUGCCUGCCUCCAAAUCCACCGACUCUCCCAAAGAUGCGACGGAGUUGUUCACUGAUCUGGAAGGGGCCUUUCAGAGUAAGAUUGAUGCUGCAUAUUUUGAGACCAGUAAGUAUCUGUUGGAUGUGUUGAAUAAGAACUACCAGCUGCUGGAGCAUCUUCAGGCCAUGAGGAGAUACCUGCUGCUGGGCCAGGGAGAUUUCAUCCGACACCUCAUGGACCUCCUCAAGCCAGAGUUGGUGAGGGCUGCCACCACUCUUUACCAACACAAUCUAACCGGUAUCCUGGAGACCGCUGUCAGGGCAACCAAUGCCCAGUUUGACAGUCCUGAGAUACUGAAGAGGCUUGACGUCCGGCUACUGGAGGUUUCUCCAGGGGACACUGGUUGGGAUGUCUUCAGUUUGGACUAUCAUGUAGAGGGGCCCAUUGCCACGGUGUUCACCCGUGAAUGCAUGAGCCACUACCUGCGAGUGUUCAACUUCCUGUGGAGGGCUAAAAGAAUGGAGUACAUCCUCACAGAUAUAUGGAAGGGUCAAAUGUGUAAUGCCAAACUGCUGAAGAGCAUGCCGGAGCUCUCUGGUGUGCUGCACCAAUGUCACGUUCUCGCUUCCGAGAUGGUUCACUUCAUUCAUCAGAUGCAGUAUUACAUCACAUUUGAGGUGUUGGAAUGCUCUUGGGAUGAGCUGUGGAAUAAGGUCCAGCAGGCUCAGGAUCUGGAUCACAUUAUAGCAGCUCAUGACGUUUUCCUGGACUCCAUCAUUUCUCGCUGCCUGCUGGAUGUGAACAACAGGUCUCUGUUGAAUCAGUUGCGCGCAGUGUUUGAUCAGAUCAUUGAGUUCCAGAAUGCUCAGGACACACUUUACCGCUCCGCUCUAGAAGAGCUGCAGCUACGCAUCCAAUUUGAGGACAAGAAGAGACAGAGGGAAGAAAUGGGUGAGUGGGGUGUAACAGCAGAGCAGGAGGCUGAGGAAAACAGACGUGUGCAGGAGUUUAAAGACACCAUACCAAAAAUGUGCUCUCAGCUCAGAUUACUCACACACUUCUAUCAGGGCAUAGUGCAGGAGUUUCUGCGGCUGCUAAUGACGGAUGAGAGUCUUCAGUUCCUCAGUUUCCGUCUGGACUUCAAUGAGCACUACAAGGCUCGUGAUCCGCGCCUGCGGCCCUCGCUAGGGGCCACUAGAGGGAGACGAAGCUCUAACAUCUGACCUUGCAGACUUUGGGAAAGUUAAUGUUAUGUGGAUGCUGUCAAGAGACUGUUUAUUAAUAGGGCUACUCAGAAUUUUUCUGGCGCUCUGUAAGAAACUCAUAUAACAGGGAAACUGUUUAUAGAAUAUCCUAUUUCACUGUCAUCGCCAAAUAAUUUCAGUCACACACAGUCGACUAUCUAGUGGUUUUACAGUGUAAUUGUCAGUAGCACAAGGUCACAGGUCUGUUGUGUUUUUGUUUGUUUUUCUUCAGUUAAUGUGUGAAUAUUAGCUUUUGUGUUGUUUUUGUAAAGAAUUGUGUUUGUGUUUACAUUUUUGGUAAUAUUUAAGUCUAUUUGUUAUUUACAUUGAUUGAUUUUCUUCUAGUGCCCUUUCUUUUUUCAUUUUGAAGCGAGUUUGUUUGCCUUAAUGUCUCCUGAUGUUGAAAAAAAAGACACAUCUGGCUGUGAAGUCAGUCAAUUUCUCUGGUGCUUUUGUGGCAUCCUCUGGUUCUGGAUCAAUGUUGAAGGAACCUUUUCCUCUUUUGAGUCCAUUUUCAUUAUUACAUAUAUAUAUUUUUGUUGUUAAGUUUGUAAUUAUACAGGCCGUGAUCUUUGUACUGCGUGUAAAAAAAAAAAAA